AUGUCUUUCUUCGGUAGUGGUGCCGCCACUGCGACAGCGGGUCAGACCAACACCACUGGCGAUAUCUCCAAGGAUGUGCAGCUUAACCAGCCCCCUGAGGACAGUAUCUCGGAUAUGCGGUUCUCGCCCGCUAGUGAUCACCUAGCUGUCGCAUCAUGGGACAAGAAAGUUCGCAUCUACGAAAUCAAUGAACAAGGACAAAGUGAAGGAAAGGCAAUGUUCGAACAUGAAGCUCCAGUCUUGAACUGUUGCUGGUCUCCGGACGGAACCAAGGUCGUCGGUGCCGGUGCUGAUAAAGCUGCUCGACUGUUGGACCUUGGUGCGAACGGUGCCCCCGCCACGCAGGUCGCUGCCCACGAUGCCCCGAUUCGAAGCUGCCACAUGAUUCCCAACCCAACGGUAGGCGGCCAACCGCUUCUCAUCACCGGAUCGUGGGACAAGACGGUCAAGUACUGGGAUUUGCGACAACAGACCCCAAUUGCGUCGUUAGAGUGUCAGGAGCGCAUCUAUAGCAUGGAUGUCAAAAACAAGCUGCUGGUGGUCGGUACCGCUGACCGCUACAUCAACGUGAUCAAUCUCGACAACCCGACCAAGAUCUACAAGGCCGAUCAAUCCCCUCUCAAGUGGCAGACGCGGGUAGUCAGCUGCUUCAGCGAUGCCUCCGGUUACGCCGUCGGCAGUAUUGAAGGUCGCUGCGCUAUCCACUACGUCGAGGAGAAGGACCAGUCCGCCAACUUCUCCUUCAAGUGCCACCGCGAGACCCCGCCCGCCAAUCGCGACAUCUGUAACAUCUACUCCGUCAACGCCAUCUCGUUCCACCCCGUUCACGGCACCUUCAGCACCGCCGGUAGCGACGGUACCUUCCACUUCUGGGACAAGGACGCGAAACACCGUCUGAAGGGUUAUCCGGCCGUCGGCGGACCCAUCUCCUCUACUGCUUUCAACCGCACCGGAAGCAUCUUCGCCUACGCUGUCAGCUACGACUGGAGCAAGGGUUACUCCGCCAACACCCCGCAGACCCCCAACAAGGUUAUGCUGCAUCCCGUGGGCCCCGACGAGACAAAACCCCGUCCUGGUACCAAACGGCGGUGA